AUGGCGGAAAAGCGACGAGCCUCAGGACGGGCGCGAGACGCGAAACGACGAAGGACAUCGACCAAAGUACCGACGCCAAAAGAUGCGACACCUCAGGAGGCCACGCCAGUCGUUGAAGAGCCAGUACGAGAAGCGACACCAUUACCGAACAAGGUCGUCGACUCGAAGCCUCUGCCCACCCUUUCGGAGCGCCAAAGCACCAACUUGUCCAACGACGAAUACAAGACGAUUGCGGAAAGUGGAGUGUUGCUAGCAUCACUGGAAAGGUCACGGCAGAAGUGGAUCUCUGGCACCUUCUUCGACAAGUACUGGACUAAGACGUCGGGGAGGAAAGAUGCGCCUCCAGCGCCGCCGGGCAACCCACACAAGUCAUGGAUGAAGGAGAUUGCGCCAUGCACGUUGGUAGUAGAGCCGCUGAUCUUCGACGCGACGGUGUACUACGUCAAGGAGCCAGGCCCAGCGCCCUCAUCCUCGUCGUCACAUCAAGCACCUCAGCAGCACUUUCAACAGCAACAAUACCAGCAUCAGUACCAACAUGCUCCUCCCCAGCAGUACAACCAACAACAACCACGACCAAACCCUAACACUCCUGCUGGCAGUCCCUACGGAGCUCCAUACUCAUCACAUCCUUCUACGCAGUACCAGGGUCGUCCCCACCCUCCACCAAUCAUGCCCGCUACCGCUCGAGCUCCACCACCCCCACCUGCAGCGCCUGCACCCGUCAAACAGUCGCCGGACCCCGUCAUCCAGAUGCUUGCCUCACGCGCAAGUAGCGAUGCCGAGCUCAAAGCACUCAUGAAGAUUGUAGCCACGGGUAAUGCGAAUCAGGAGCAGUUGCGCAUCUUCCAGAGACACAUAGACGAGUUGACGGCCAUGAUCAACGCCAACAAGGCCCAGCCAAACAGUCAAACAAACUCUCCCGCUCCACCACAUCAACACGCCAACUCACGUCCUCCGUCGGCCGCUCCUGCCAUCAAACCACACCCUGCGACAGUACAGCCACAUGCUCCAAUAUACCCUAUGCCUCAACAGCAUCCGCAAUACCAACACCAACCACGUCCACCACCGAGCUAUCCCAGCUAUCCCAUCGUACUCGAGUUCCAAGGUCCCGGCGCCUCGCCCGACCGCUUCCGCUUUCCCGAAUAUACCAUUCUCGAGUUUCUCAAUUCCUACAAGAUGCUCGCAUCAUUCCUCGUCAUUCGCAAAGGACGGGACAUUAGUCCUCAACUCGACCCUGAUACCGAGUACUACGAGCCUGUCACCAUGACAAUUAGCGUGUCCGAGGCUCGCUCGGCUGCAAGAGACGUUUUGCAAUUCAUCACUCGCUGUGUCAAGCCUGCCGACCAGGUCCGCAAUUACAUGACAGACAAGAUCGAGAAAUGCACACGUGCUCCGACAAGAUAUCUUGCCUUUAGGCUGCCACACAAGAGCGGCAUAACUGAGGUAGAAGAAGAGAUUCCUGUCGUGCAGGAAGUCAAGCCCAAGCCCAAGCCAGCGCCUAGAAAGAAGAAGGAAGACAAGGACAAUGAUCAGACAGGAGAGAAGGAUCCAGCGAAGGCUGCCAUGCCAGCUCCCAACGGUGCAGCAGAUACUGUACAACAGGUUCUCACGCCGAGUGCGACACAAGAACCGCCCACAGCCUUUUCUGUCGAUCCUUUGACAGAUCCUCAAGCUGGCACAAAAGAGGUGCAGGCUCCUACUACUGCGCCUGCACCACCUACGGGCCCAGAGUCUACGCAACCAGCAGAAGCACCAGCGGCAGAAGGCACAACCGCAAAGCGCAAGAAGUCCGUCCGCAUAUCAGAAGUGCCUACAAUCGCCAACGACGGCAACACAACUAUCAGCGCAGUAACAGCCGCACCAGAUGCUCCUACAACCACAACCUAG